AUGGCCACCGCGCGCGUCGGCGCGUGCCUGCUGGUGGCGGUGAUGUGCCUCUCGUGCGGCGCGGCGGCCGCGGCGAGGUCGCCCGAGGCCAGGAUGCACCGCCACCUCAAGCGCCUCAACAAGCCCGCCGUCAAGAGCAUCGAGAGCCCUGAUGGGGACAUCAUAGACUGCGUGCACAUCUCGCACCAGCCGGCCUUUGACCACCCUUUCCUCAAGAACCACACUAUCCAGAUGAGGCCGAGCUAUCACCCGGAGGGUCUGUACGACGAAUCCAAGACCUCCUCUGCCGAUGGCGAGAAGCCUAUGGUUCAGUUGUGGCACCAGAAUGGCAGGUGCUCUCCCGGCACCGUCCCGGUCCGGAGAACCAAGAAGGAUGACCUGCUCCGGGCAAGCUCGUUCCGGCGGUAUGGAAGGAAGAAGCACACCGUGGCGAACCCGAUGUCCGUCGACCCCGCCAUGCUCAACGAGGGCGGCCAUCAACACGCGAUAUCGUACGUUCAAGGCGAGAAGUACUACGGCGCGAAGGCGACGAUCAAUGUCUGGGAUCCCAAGAUCGAGCAGCCGAACGAGUUCAGCCUGUCCCAGCUGUGGAUCUUGGGGGGCUCCUUCGGGGAGGACCUCAACAGCAUCGAAGCUGGCUGGCAGGUUAGCCCUGACCUCUAUGGGGACAACAACACAAGGCUGUUCACCUACUGGACCAGUGAUGCGUACCAGGCCACAGGUUGCUACAACAUACUGUGUUCAGGGUUCGUUCAGAUCAACAGUGAGGUGGCCAUGGGAGCCAGCAUCUUCCCCCUCUCAGGCUACUCCGGCUCACAGUAUGACAUCAGCAUACUGAUCUGGAAGGAUCCGAAAGAGGGACACUGGUGGAUGCAGUUCGGCAAGGAGUACGUGUUGGGGUACUGGCCGUCGUUCCUCUUCUCGUACCUAGCGGACAGCGCGUCGAUGAUCGAGUGGGGCGGAGAGGUGGUGAACUCGCAACCCGAUGGCGUGCACACGUCGACGCAGAUGGGCAGCGGGCACUUCCCGGAGGAGGGGUUCAGCAAGGCGAGCUACUUCAAGAACAUCCAGGUGGUGGACAGCACAAACAACCUCAAGGCUCCCCGGGGCCUGGGCACGUUCACGGAGCAGUCCAACUGCUACGACGUGCAGAACGGCAACAAUGGCGACUGGGGCUCCUACUUCUACUACGGAGGCCCCGGCAGGAGCUCCAACUGCCAGUAGUGACCGAAACCAUCCUGACUGAUGAGUGAGUGAGCAAGCAUGCGCCGAUCCAUGUCGAGUGUAACACACCAUCAGAAUGCAUCAUAAGUUUUCUUAGGUCUAGGUAGUGUGUCUGAUGUGAAUGGGUCCCGGUGUCGCCUUUCUGAUUUUUUUUUCUCUCAAUCUUUCUGUGUCAUGUCAAGCCUUCUGAAGAGAAGCAUGGCAUGUGGUGUGGUGGUGGUGCACCUGUGAUGAUGGCCUACCAGUACCACACCUCCUUUUCAUAUAAUGGUAGAUUCAGCUGUCUUUCUGGGUAUUGUUGGAGGUUCUCUCUUGGGCUCAACCAAAGAGGGUCAUGGGUGCAAAUGCUUUGUUUCUGUUGUCACA